UAUAAUUUAUUUGAAAGUAAAGAGGGUAUUACAGAAAUCACUCUGAUGGCUCGAUUUGCAUUUAAAUGAAACUUAAAUUGUUCGAACUAAUAAGACGUUGUAAAAACAUUCUGUGAACGACUGUACAUACGUGAGAUGAACGAAAAAGGAACAAAGACAAUCGAAAGAAAAGAAGACGAUAUACAUAUUUCUUCGAGCAAAUACGUAAUUAUCUACUGACACAACUGUAUAGGUAUAAAAAGUCGGAUCACUCAAUGGCUGCAUUCGCAACAAAUGAAGCUGGUGGUGGUUCUUCACGGUUCUCCUCGUCGGAACGUGUGACAAUUCUAUCGAUGCUCGAGGAGUAUACAAAUGCGCUAGCCAUUUACCAUAGUACGCUGAAAAAGCCAACGAGACAAGAUAACGAUAUCCUUGUUAACUGCAUUUCCUUCCAUUCAAAAGGCUUGUUAACGUCUGUUAACCUUGACAAAACUAUAAAUACAGAACAUGCAGAAGAAGACAAUGUCCCUGAAAAACUUUACGGAGAGAGCUUAUUAUAUAUCAGGAAAGUUAUGGAGAACUUGAAAGAAGAGAUUCGCGAAUACGGAACUUUCGAAAUGUUGACGAACGAGAUCGAACGAAUUACUUGUCAUAAAAAAGAAGAAGAAGCUUUGCUCCAGCAGCAAGAAGAACUGAGGAAAACCGUGGCUGAACUGCAGAAAAUAAUUGCCGACGAGAAAAUCGUCAACGAGGAAAAGAAGAAAUGUAUAUUGUACGAACUUUCCGAAGAACAGAGAAAUAUAAAGAAGUUAAAAAUAAUUGCGGAUGCUGAAGAAGAGUAUGUUAUGGCUCGGGAGAAGGCAAAGUACGAGCAAAAUCAGCUACGUUGUGAUACCGAGAUAAAAAAAUUAGAGAAAAUGUUCAACGAUUACCGUGUACAGGAAAAAAAUGAAGAGCGUGUACAUGUUGAACUGACGAAAUUUCUAAUUCAGGAAACGGCGUUGUUCGAAGAGCAAGCGAAACAAUGGGAGGAACGGUACGUUCGAGAGAAAGAAAUCUACGAGAAGGAGAUUUGCCAGUUACGUAGUGACAUAGAAUCACGUCAAAAAGAGUUGGAGCAACUUAAAGAAGAGUAUCACUGUAACCAGGGGUUUAUAGAUAGCUGUUUGGCAGAGAAGGAAGCGCUUAAAAAACAAAAGGUACAGGAAGAACGAAUGCGAAAAAGCGCGGUCAAGAUCCAAGCCUGGUGGCGAGGUAUUAUGGUACGCCGGAAGUUGGGGCCGUAUCGGCCAAAAGAAAAAAAGAGAAAGCGACAAAUUAAGGCGAAGAAAUAACUUUUCUGUUUAGCUUGCUCAGUCCAUCUCCUUAGAAGAGCUGUUGAAUAAAAUAAUAUUUAUUCUUCUUGGUAACAAAAGUUAACUUUCGUUUGUGUGAAUUACGAACAAUGUGUUUUUCGAUAAAAGCUUUCAAAUAUAUUACAAGUAAAACAAUACAAUAAAAUUGUACGGAAGAGGAUAAUUUACAACAAUACUAAACACAGAAUUGAUUGACCAUAGCUUGUUACUCUUUUGUGACUAAAUUUCUCCCAUCACUGUCGAUAACAAGCGACUGUGCAUUUUCCUUCAUAACAAAUUCACGAAUUCUCUAACCUACUCUGUUUGAAAGCAUGCAAGCUUACCGCCAUGACCGUGCGGCCAGCCACCUCCUUAGAUUACGAUACUUAUAAGCAGUGCACGCAGUCAAUGCUGUAUGUACAUAAGUAUUUACAUACACAUGUAUUAUAUUUAAGCACAUACGCAAUGCCUCCUGACUCAGCUUUAUAAACUGUACAUUGUAAAUUAUAACACAACAAAAUAAAAAAUGAUACAUAUCAAAA